GUACCAUACAAUAGUAAAUAUUCCUCUUUACCUUCUUACAAUCCUCUUAGAAUUAUAUUGGUUUUUAUUAGAAUAUCAAGGAAGGAGACACUGAAAGAAAUCCGUAACAAUGGCUUUCUUAAAAUACGUCUUAUUUUUCUUACUAACAGUGAUGCUAGCGCAUCAUUAUACUAAAUCUACAUCAGUUUUACGGGGCGCAUCUAUACGGGACGCAUCUAUACGGGACGCACCUAUACGGGACGCACCUAUACGGGACGCACUUAUACGCGACGCAUCUAUUCGAAAGAUAAAAAUUACCAAGCCUACAAAAGAACCAACAGAACCAACUAUAACAAAAGAACCAACAGAACCAACUAUAACAAAAAAACCAGACGAUUCAGAUUGUAAAAAAAAAAAUGAGAAAAAACAUUAUAAAAAUAAAGAAAAAGGGAAAAAAUAAAAAAAAAGAAGGUCAAAUGAAAAUGAUGAGCCAGGUGACGAAGAAAAAUCAAAAAUAAAAAAUGGAAGUGAUGGAAAAAAUAAAAAAGAUACUGAUAUAAAGACCAAAUAGACACCAUACUGAUACAAUACAAGAACCAGAAAAGAGAACACCCGCCUUUCCAAAUGACAACUCCAAAAGAAAUAUAUAAGUCCUUGAUAAAUAAUUAUUAGAAAACUUAUUCUAAUUUGGAAUAUAAACUAACCAAGAAUUACUUUUGUUUCUAAUCAAUAUCUUUCUUUCAUGAAAUUCUAUAAAUAUUAAAAUAAGCACUAAUCUUGCACUAUAAAAUAUGAUUAUUUCU